AUGGCAACAACUAUAAAAAAUGCUCUCACAAACCCAAAUAUUAACAAAAACUAUCAACCACCAAAAAACAACAUUAACACCCCACCAAUCAACGAAAUUGCAAAUUCCAAUCGCAAUAAUAACCCACUUCAAAAUAGUGGUUCAAAAGCUACACUAAAUGAAUCACUUAAUAAUAACGGGAAAAACUCAUUAUCAAUGUGA